AAUUUUAUUAAAAUCAAUAAUGAAUCUUAAAAUAGAAUGCUAAGGACUUGAAUUCAAUUUUGAGGAGGUUUAUUCAUUAGAAGAAUUAAAAUUAAGACUAUAAUCAACUGAACCAUCAUUUAUUUUAGAAUCAUUAUCUUAUUAAGAUGAAGAAGAGGAUAUCAUUACUUUGGCUAAUGAGAAUGAUUUUAGUUGUUUAUCCACUAACACUUAAUUCACUAUUUAAGCUUAAGGAAAAUAUGAUUAAGAAUGGGCUUAAAAAGAAUUCAAAAGAAAUCUAAGAUUAAUUAAAAGAAUAGCUUAAAAGAUCAAACAACUAAAAGAAAAACAAAAGAAUAACUUAAUUAAAGUAUUAUUUAUAUAUAUCUAUUGAGGAGAGAAUAUUAUUAAGAAAAGUUAACAAAAAUCUUAUAACAAUAGAAACAGACCUUAGAAAUCGAUAAAGAAAUCAAUACUAUUAGAUAGUAAAUUGAAUUCUAAAAAAAAAUUAAUAUUGUAAAUAAUAAAUUAUA